AGCUGGUGUGAGCUGGCGAAGCGGAUCUUUUGCAGGAGUGCUCGAAGAGUUACGCUGAAUCUCAGCACACUCGAACUGUAUACCUGGAGCUUCUACUUAUUGGCUUGGGCUUAGCGGCCAAGAAUUGAACAAGGAUUUCCACAUUUCGCUGCUCCUAGAUUCCCAGUGUGAUUGAUCCCUCGUUCGACGGAGGUUGACCGCUCGUCUCCUUCGGCCGCGAGAGAGACGUGUGCAUACUGUUAGUGCUAUAACGGUUGUCGGACAUUCAACAAAAUAUUCGCAUAUCAGCUCCGCACCCCGUCACUAAGCCCCUAUACGUUUUAUUGUUGCCAUCAUGUCCGGGACAUUGGGUAAUGUUCAGACAUUUCAGGCCACAGUACCACUGUCUGUUCAGUUUGAAUCCAGCACCGAUAGCAUCCGCAUGACGGCGGUGUCGAUAUCUGGUCAACCCGUGGCAUUGAACCUCCAGGGGUUACCGCUGCCUCCGGUCAUCCAGACGAGUUUCAAGGCAGACAAAGGUCUCCCAGAUGGGCUGGAACUUAUGAGCCUUAUCGAAGUGAACGAGUCCAUCGUCUGCCCGGAUCACUCUCAGCUGGAGUAUUACAUCCUCCACCCAGAGCCUCAGAUUGUGUAUAUCCCCAAUUUCGUGACACCUGAGGAGAUCUCACAUCUGAUCGAAGUUACCAAGGAUAGUUUUACUCCCGCAUCCGUCUACCGAAAUGGCGUUACCGACGUUGAUUCCGGGCAUCGCAAGUCCGAAAAUGCAUGGCCUCCGCGCGAUGAAGUGCUUCAAUGCAUCGAGCAGCGAGCACGGCGGCUUCAGCAGCUAGAUUCCGGACUUGAAGUAGAGCCGAUUAGUGUCCAGCGCUACCACGUGGAUGGAUUCUUCACCUACCACUACGACCAGUUCGCCGCCCCCCCGAACCGCAGGAACCGGCGCUCCACCUUUAAUGUGUUUCUGGAGGGCGAUUGUACUGGUGGUGGGACUCACUUCCCUCGCAUCCCCCGUCCCACGGAUCCAAACUGGUGCCAGUACAUUGACUGCGAAUCGACCGAACCGGGGACCAUCUUCAAGCCCAUCGCCGGUGCUGCUGUGUUUUGGCUCAAUACUCGAGACAACGGAACCGGCUACGAUGAAACCCUGCAUGCGGGGAUGCCAGUUAAGUCUGGGAGGAAGAUUGGGAUGAAUAUCUGGUUUUGGAAGGAUUUCAGGAAAUAUUUUGAUUCAGCGAAAGAUGUCAAUACCCAGUAGUUACAUAACUAGGUCCAUUUUCCUCUCAC